AUGUCACAAAAUAAGCCCUCAAUGUUUUCAAGUCUGCGCAUGGGUGCAGAGGUCGUCCGCGAAAAAGUCCAAGAUGGGCUGUCCGGAGAAAUGAAGGAGAUCUCCUACACACAAUGCAAGAUCGUGGGAAAUGGGUCGUUCGGUGUCGUUUUUCAAACCAAGAUGAUGCCCAGCGGUGAAGAUGCGGCCAUCAAACGGGUUUUGCAAGACAAGCGUUUCAAGAACCGUGAAUUGCAAAUCAUGCGGAUUGUUCGCCAUCCCAACAUUGUAGAAUUAAAGGCAUUCUACUACUCGAACGGUGAGAGGAAAGAUGAAGUGUACCUCAACCUUGUCCUCGAAUACGUCCCCGAGACCGUCUACCGGGCGUCGCGAUACUUCAACAAGAUGAAGACAACCAUGCCGAUGUUGGAGGUUAAGCUUUACAUCUACCAGCUCUUCCGCUCCCUGGCCUACAUUCACUCCCAAGGCAUCUGUCACCGAGACAUCAAGCCUCAGAAUCUCCUCCUUGAUCAGCACUCCGGUAUUCUGAAACUCUGCGAUUUCGGGUCCGCCAAGAUCCUUGUUGAGAACGAGCCCAACGUCUCUUACAUCUGUUCGCGGUACUACCGUGCGCCCGAGUUGAUUUUCGGCGCAACCAACUACACAACGAAAAUUGAUGUGUGGUCCACCGGCUGUGUAAUGGCCGAAUUGAUGUUGGGACAACCGCUCUUCCCAGGAGAAUCAGGAAUCGAUCAACUUGUGGAGAUCAUUAAGGUUCUUGGAACCCCUACCCGGGAACAGAUUCGGACCAUGAACCCCAACUACAUGGAACAUCGCUUCCCUCAGAUCAAGCCUCAUCCUUUCAAUAAGGUUUUCCGGAGAGCUCCACACGAGGCCAUUGAUCUGAUUUCGGCUCUAUUGGAAUACACGCCCACACAACGUCUGUCUGCGAUCGAAGCAAUGUGCCAUCCUUUCUUCGAUGAACUUCGGGACCCCAACACCAAGUUGCCGGAUUCGCGGCACCCCGAAGCCGCGCCGCGGGACUUGCCUAACCUUUUCGACUUCUCCCGGCAUGAACUCUCUAUUGCUCCUUCUAUGAACCACCGACUGGUUCCUCCUCACGUACGGCCUGCACUCGCCGCUCGCGGGCUCGAUAUCGAUUCCUUCAAGCCGCUUUCGAAGGAACAAAUGAUGGCACGCCUCGACUGA